AUGGAUUUCAGCCAUGAUCUUCCUGAAGUACCACGAUCUGAGCCUGUCUUUCCCUUGUUGCAGGAAAUACCUUCAUCUCCACCUUCGAUAGCAUCCGAUGUUGGCUUUCGACGUAAGGCUAGAAAGCCUCCCCCGGUCACUCCUCGAUCAUUCAGGCGAUUCUUUACACCUCGCUCUGUGCUCAAUGGCGGAAAUUCUGGCGGCAGUGUGAGAACUAAUCGGCAGGCCUUAAAGGUACUUAGCUCUCCAGCUGUUAAUCGGCUAGGGCCGGCUUUCACGAAAACAUCAAAGGCCCUUGGGAAUAGAGCCGCGUUGAGUGAAUCUGCGGAUCUGAUUCGAACACCGAGCAAGAAGCGAAAACUGUCUUUCUCUUCAAUUGGCUCUCCGCUCCAAUCGUCACCUCUGAGAAAAGUCCGUGUCAGGGCCCCGAUUCACGAAGAAGAAGAGAUUGACGUCACGGUUAGAGAAAUUGAAGUUGGGGGAGAUAAUGAUGAGACAAAAUCAACCACGACUGAAAAACCGCCUCAACCAGUCCAACCUAUCCGCCGGUCAAGAGCAUUGCAGACGUCUGGGGGAUUAUACAUGCGAAGCGUAUCAGGGCUACGGGCGGAUCGAGUGACCAUGCGGUCUAAUUCUGGAGCUGGCUGGCAGGACUUGACCUCGAAUUUCUACUCCCGACCAGGAGACAUCCAUGCCUGUGCUAGCUCUGUGGGAAACAACCAUGCCCUUCCAUUCUGCACCGCAACCUGCAAUACCAAUUCGCUUGUCGCAGUGGGCGAUGAAGAAGGAGGAAUUCGGUUAUUGGAUUCCGCCGAAAACGACAGGAUUGGGUUUUCAAAAGCGUACCUUACAUUCAACCCACAUGUGAAUGCGAUCAUGGACUUGGAGUUUUCGUCGGAUGAUAUGUUGCUGGCCACGGCAUCAGGCGACCAAACCUCUUUGGUCAUCGACAUGGCCACCCAAAAACCGAUAUAUUGCUUGUCCAACCAUGUCUCCUCUGUAAAACGCGUGCAAUUUCAACCAAAUUCCAACAACAAGGUCCUUGCGACAUGUAGUCGCGAUGGAAAUGUGAAUAUUUGGGAUCUUCGGUGCAAGGGCUUUGAAAGACCCUCUUUACAAGUUCGAUGCUCGCUCGAAUCCGACUCGGAACAACCUGUUGCGCCUACCUAUUCCAAGAUGACUUACCCUCAGGUUUUGAACACGGUUCAUGGAGCCCAUUCCUGGUUGCCUCCCCAUACAUCAAUUUCUGACAAGGCAGAACCUCAGCUUGGCCGCACCGUUACCGUGACCUCGCUGGCCUUUCUCCCUCCAGGUCGCGAGAAUCUUUUUGUGACAGCCUCCGAAGCCAAUGCCUCGGUAAAAUUGUGGGAUCUGCGGACAGCGCAUAGCAAUCGCCGUGGGCGACCUGUUCUUCCCGUGUCUACUACUCGGGAACCGGACAGUCAUGUCAAGUAUAGACGUUUCGGUCUCACAUCGAUGACACUAGGCGGUGAUGGUUCACGACUAUAUACACUAUGUCGGGAUGGUACUGUUUACGCAUACUCAACUUCGCAUUUGGUUCUCGGCCAUGCCCCCGAGCUUUCGUUGAACAACUAUCGUCCGCGACGGACUGGGGGUUCUGACAAGGAGGGACUUGGACCUCUGUAUGGUUUCCGCCAUCCGCGUUUGCAGGCCGCAUCGUUUUACGUCAGGGUUGCCGCUCGGAAACCCAUCAAUGACAAGCCAGGAAUGCUUGCCGUUGGAAGCAGCGAUCAAUGUGCCGUUGUGUUCCCUACAGAUGAAAGAUUCCUUCGCUCUCCAACCCAAAUGCCGGCUGAUUCAGGCGACGAUGACCUUCCGCCUACACCCAUUUUCUCCACUCGUUCUGGUCUUCGCCGCACUAAUUCCGGUGUUGGUUUAUCCGGACGGUUGGAAGACACCGUGCCGAUAUACCAGUCAGGAACACCGCUUGUUGGGGGCCACAAAAAAGAAGUCUCUGCUGUGUCAUGGACUGCAAAUGGAGAAUUGAUUACCGUCAGUGAUGACCACACUGCCCGAUGUUGGCGCGAAGGCCCUGAUGCCAGAGAUCUCCGGGCAGGAGGUGAAACAGAGGGUCGAAGGUGGCACUGCGGCUGGGCUGAUACCGCAGAUUCAUAUGAUGACGAAGACGAAUGAUUCCACUGGUUUUUAGCAUAUGGUUUUCACUGCUCUUAGGAGCAUCUCAGGGCGCAGGAUGGAUAACUUGUUCAUUUAGCGGGGCGUUGGUUACUUUGGAGGUUGAUUUAUUGGUUCAUUAUUUUCCUUUUAGCGUUAUACAUUGCAUGGCAAAACACGGUAUAGAAGUCCUCUAGCAGGCAAGGCGAAUAGGAAAAAUGGCUGUUGUCUUUUGGAUUAAACCCGACUAACUAUACACAAUCAGUGAGGCUUUUACUAUUCAAAUGUGAAACUUGAUUUUUUCCCAUCCAA